CGCCCCGGCCCCCGGGCGGCCAAUGCAUGGGCGGGAAGGCACAGCCGGGGAAGGAGCCGGGAAAACAUCAAUCCCAACUUUCUCACCUUGACUGGAACCGAGCGCUCCCGAUGUGUCCCCUCCUGCCGCCCUCCCUGCCAGCCCAGCCUCCCCAGGAGGGCCGUCCGACGGCCCGGGCUCGCCUCGCCGGCUGCCUCCUGUCCCUGGCGGGGCAGAAACCCGAGUAGGGGGGUGCCCCUGGGUCAGUCUCCCUCGGUCCCUGCUGCCCGGGCCGGGCCGGGGGCAGGGGCGGCUGCGCGGCGGGGCUGGAUGCGGCUGCCAUGGGGCGCGGGGCUCCCCUCGGACCGUGCCUGCUGCGGGCAGCGCUGCUGCUCGCCCUCUGCCCCGCCGCCGGCAGCACCUGGAUGUGGCUGGGCAUCGCCGCGGCCGGCGGGCCCGAGAAGCCGGGCUGCGCCAGCCCUCCGCUGAGCCGCCGGCAGCAGGACCUGUGCGAGCAGAAGCCGGAGCUGAUGCCCGCGAUCCGGGAGGGAGCGCGGCUGGGGCUCCAGGAGUGCCGCAGCCAGUUCCGACACGAGCGCUGGGACUGCCGCUCGCCGCCCGCCGCCCGCCGCGGCACCGCCGGCCCCGCCGCCCUGGGGCAGCAGCUCAGCAGCGGCACGAAGGAGACCGCGUUCAUCUCGGCGGUGACGGCGGCUGGGCUCGUGCACUCGGUGACACGGUCCUGCAGUGCAGGGAACAUGACCGAGUGCUCCUGCGAUGUCACCCUGCGGCACGGCGGCUCGGCCAGCGAGGGUUGGCACUGGGGCGGCUGCUCUGACGAUAUCCACUAUGGAAUGUCCUUCAGCAGAAAGUUCCUGGACGUGCCUUUCAAGAACGUAACAGGCAAGAGCGGGAGCGGGCUGGUGGCGAUGAACCUGCACAACAACGAGGCUGGGAGGCAGGCUGUAGUAAAGCUGAUGUCUGUGGAUUGCCGUUGUCAUGGUGUGUCUGGGUCCUGUGCUGUGAAAACUUGUUGGAAAACCAUGUCAUCCUUUGAAAAGAUUGGCCGAUUUUUAAAGGAUAAGUAUGAAAACAGCAUACAAAUAUCAGACAGACUGAAAAAAAAGCUACGCAGGAAAGAGAAAAGCCAGAGAAAAAUACCAAUUGGGAAGGAGGACCUGCUGUAUGUGAACAAAUCGCCCAAUUACUGUGUCGAAGACCAAAAGCUGGGGAUCCCUGGCACUCAGGGAAGAGAAUGUAACCGCACCUCGCAGGGACCCGAGGGCUGUAACCUGCUGUGCUGUGGGCGUGGGUACAACACCCACGUUGUCAGGCACGUGGAAAGGUGCGAGUGCAAGUUUGUCUGGUGCUGCUACGUGCGCUGCAGGAGGUGCGAGACCAUGACUGACGUACACACCUGCAAGUAAGAUGCAGUACAGGAAACAUGGCCAAACCAUCCACCCUGUGUGGUGCACACAGCUGCUGCAGGGGCAGCAAUCACUCUUACCAUGUGGGAUUCCAGAGGGAUCAGCCUCGGGGGGAACAGGUACUACCAGACAAUGGGUAGUCCAAGCAUGCCUCGACUGAAACAGCUGAGUAAACAUCAGGCUGCAUGCAGGGACAGCUUAAACAGCAAAAAGGACUCCUGAUGACACAUUUGAAUGUGUUACUCCAUGAGCAGAGACAGAUGCUAAACUCUUCAAGUAUUUAAUAGACACAAUGUCCUGAAGAUCCACGUGGUGGGUAGUAGAGUGGAGAAAUCUCAAGAUCUCAUUAGCCUGAGAGUUAAGAGACUUUAAGACACAUUAGACAUAGUCCUCAUGGCUUUGUUUUUAAAACAGGGACUAGAUGGAUCCACUAGAUAGUUCAUUUCUGCAGACUUCAGAAAAACCCACAAAGGGAAAGAGUUCAGCUGUUGACCACGAAGCAUUUGCUUUGUAGCCGUUCAGAAAACUGCCUUCUGCAUAAUGUGCAGAAAAGCGUCGGGAAGCGAGGAGCAUCUGUGACUGCAGAGAGCUCAGCAGUGUCUGCCUGGAAAAGGAGGGUCAAGCUGUGCCCGGGGGAGAGAGGAAGGAGCCUCUCCUACCUCUCUAAUGUGAAUGGGGUACCAAAGAGCAACCUUAGGAUUUUUAACAGGUUGUCCUUCAAACACACAAGGGACAGGUCUGAGAAGGGACAGAAAUACAGUUUGAUAUUUGAAGGAAAUAAAACCCUCUGCAGGUAUUUCCCGAGUAUCUGAACACACAUUUUGCAAGUCAGCUGGUUGUCACCCCACUCUUGAAUUCUAUGCAAUAACCUGCCACAUUCAACCAUCUCACUGGUGGUUCACCAUCAUUAUCAAAAUUAACCACAUGAGAUUUAGCCCAAAGGAAUCUGCCAUAAAGCAACAGAUUUUUUAAAACAGAUUUUCUUUAUAGAAUCAACAGCUAGAAUUUUUCAUUAGGUUGCAUCCUCAGUAAGUUCAAUGCACAAUAUAAUUUAUGGAUUGGCUCACACCAUUAAAAUAUUUAAACUGUUAAUGAUAACACUUUCUCUAUCUCCAUAUGUUGGCUUAAUUUUAUUUUACAUCUGUGAAAGGCUGUUUAUUUUUAUGCAGUGAUUUAAUGCCUAGCUUAAAAAGCAUCAUGUGAAAGGAUUACUGUUAAUUGUGCAAAGAACUAUUUUUGAUAAGACAAGAAAGUUUAUAUUUUGUAAAUAUUUAAAUUAUGCAAUUUAUGUAAAAGCUUUCCACAACUAAUGUGAUAAGACUACAGCCCUUGAGAUUUGCUGGUUAGAUAUUUGUUAAUAUUGUAGUAGCCUUCAAUUGAAUUCUGUUUGCAUGUGCUGGGGCAAAUUAGUCAGAGAACUGCAUAAAUGUAAGGGCUUUGUACCAUCAGGGUGGUUAUAACUACUGCAGUUCAUACACACUGAUGAGAAACACUAUGAUUUUCUAAAUGGUCAGUUAAUUAGUACUUUGCAUACUUUCUUUUUUAUUAUUCUCUUAAAUGCAUUUUACAAACACUGAAAUCCCAGCUCCAGCAGUAAGUACUCCCACUGAAAUCCAAGGAACUUGGAAGGGUUUGCAAUUCCUUAACUUCUUCCAUACUAACAGCCAGUUUUUAAAAGCUUGGGACAGUUUGGCUGAGGCUUUCAAAGUUACUUUGAAGAAUUCAUUUCCUAGUCAUCAAUCAUUUUCCCAGGAAAGAUGGUGACCAGAUUCUGAACUGUCACUCUUUAUUGAAUGUGUAAGUCAGGAGGAAGGAAACAAAAUCUUCUGUGUUGUGGUAUUUCACUGCCUUAUGUGGAUUAUUUCAGGAACAUCAGUUCAGCAACAAUGAAGUCCAUUAUCUGCUGUUUGGACCUUUACUCCAAAUUUGGUCAGUCCAUCCCCAUUGGCCUGACCAAAUUAUUAUCUUGGGACCACAAAAAAUCUGCUUGGGGAAGGGUGCCCAGCAUGCCAGUAAGGCACUGUCACAGGAGGUUUCAACACCUUCUCUGUGAACACUUGGAUAGGGAAGACAUACCACAGUGGAAGACCCUGAAAAGAGAGCUGUGACCCCAGGUUGUUUCAGCAAUGAAGAUAAACCCACAAGUUCCUCAGGCUGUGCCACAGGACCAAUUGGCAGCAUGGAUGGGAGAUGACUAAACAGCACUAAAUCCUGAUAGAACAGUAUCAUACUCUCUGCUGAAACAAUACAUGGGAUAAUACAAUUUUUGACACAUAAAAUGACCUUGAAAUAUUAUUUAAACUCAGUAGUUUGUUGUUUUUGGUUUUUUUUCCCCUGUUCAUUGAUUGCAAGAUCAGCAGGAGAAAGAGAAUUAAGCUGGCUGCCUCCAGGGAUCAGAAACUUUCCAUAGCAUGGAGUGAUUUCCAUGGAUUUUACAUAGUAGACAAUGUAGUUGGACUAUUACAGUCCUCUGUGCUGAUCCCUACCUCUCUGCCUAUAUAUUGUAAUUCCCUGAAACAGUCUUCAUAUCUGCAUACUUCAAAUGACAAUAAACAGAUUAUGUUCAUUUUAUUAACUAAUAUACUACAAAACUUAACACAGGGUGUAGCUAUCUACAUGGUGGGUUAGGUCCUUUUGAGGUAUCUAUAAGAAGUAAGACAGAAAAGUCAGAAAUCAAGGUAUCCACCAGGUUUUUCAAUGGAUUCAACUGCAAAGACCUUGGAACUUGACACUGUACUGUUAAAAAAAAUGCUGAAACAUUCAAGGCUGAAAAGGAUAAUUAGAAAAGAUUGCUGUAGCAUUUGGUAGGAAAAAACAUUUGCAAGCUAUGUUCUACAGAAGUUAGCACACUCUUCCACUACCAUCCAUCAAACUCAAAGAGGAGUCAUAAUUCCUCCUCAGUCUGGAGUGCCUUCCUUCAUGUUUUUGCAUAAGGCUGUAGCUAUAGCAUGCUAUGGACAACACCCUAAGAAAGGAACAGACCUUUCUGAGGCAACCGGUGAUUACAGAUUUAGAGAUUAUAGCAUCUGAAAUACAAGAUUAAAGGUACUGGUUUGUGUGUUCUGGAGAGGAGAACAUAGGGCAAGGAAGAAUGUAAAGAUACCUAAGUGGCGAGUCAUCCAUUUUUAUCUUGCUAAAAAGUAAUUGUUUAUUUUCAGCUAAGAAGAUUUGGAUAGCACAUCAGCCAACCCACCGAGAUGAACAGUUAAAACUCAGAAGUGAUAUCUGAGGAAUCUGUUUUAACCUGAGUCUAUGAAGGAUGACUUGGAUCUUUGUAACCUCGAAAGGGAUAACUACAGAGGAGCAAGGAGGCAUAAAUGAAAUGCAUAGAAACAUCUCAAGGAGUACACAUUCUCUCUUGCCAUGCUUCACCUUUUCAGCCCGGAGGGAGGCAGGAGCAAGGUGUGGCUGAAGCUCUGUUGGCCUGUUGCUCAGAGGGUGAGAAGCAGGGUCUUUUGCAUCCCUUGUACAGCAUUAGUGACACCUCAUGAUAUCACUGAAAAGGUCAAGAGCUGUUCUCACACUUUCCUGCUUCAGCCACAAAGUUCCCAUCUAGCUCUACAGGUUUCUGCAAGUUUCUUUCAUGGGCCCCUUGUAUUAAGGCUAGGCAAGGGCCUUACAGCCUUAAAACUGAAGAUGAUUUAAUCAAUAAAAAGUCCUUUGCUUAGUAUCCACCUUAGCCACGACCUAAGUCAGUUAGGGAGGCAAUGCAGCCCUUCCCAUCUUUACACAGGAAAGUCAGUCAGCACUUAUGGCAGUAUUAUUUCCCCUUCUGAAAUUACCCACCUGGCCUCUUACUUUAUUAAUACACUUAUUCUUGAAAAAACAAGACUGCAGAAAACCCAAACAGUUCAGGAGACAUUACAUACACAUCAAGCAUUUAGCAGUCAAUUCAAUGUUUGAGAAAACUAAGUGCCACAGUAAGACAUCUGGAAAGCAAAACAGGCUGAGCAAAAUAAAGCUUUUUCCAAACUGGCAAUCAGGAAACCAAGGCUGUAAAAGGGUCUGCUUUUCCCAGAGGGAAAAAAAAAAAAAGCAAGCUGGAUCAUGAAAGACACUAGGGAAGGUGCAGAGGGUACAUCAAGCAGACCCUAUUAAUCCAUAUAAAGCACCACUAGUAAAACAGUUUAGAGCUGUGGUUGAAUAUUGAAGUCAUCUUCAGGUGCCUUGACUCCCAGCUGGGUAUUCUGCAGUGAAAAUUAAGUUGAAACCUUCUUGUGUCCUUCCCGCUCUCUUUUCACAGCUCUACUUUUUGAGGUAGACAUACCUCACAACCUGUCCCUUCCUUCCCUUGCUGCUCUGUUCUCAAGUCUGCAAGAUGCUACAAAUGUUUCCAUAUAGGGAAAUAUGGAGCUUUGUCUCACACACACAGGUAUUCAUGCACCUGUACCUUUAUCUUUGCAACUGAUUUCCUAUCCCCAGCUGGAGAGAGGCCAGAAUAGUCAUCUUUGUGCUUAGUAACUCAAAUGAAAUGCAGAAAGAUUACCAGAAGGUCCCACUGAUUUCAGAGUUCAUCUCAGCAGCAGGAUACUGUAACUUGCCCAUUCAAGGCAGAGAAGGCUGGACCAGAUCUUGCAGCAAGUCAGUAAAUCAUGGUGAUGGAGAAAACCAAGGAGACCCCAUUUGUGUGGCCAAUCCAGUAUGACUUUUAAAUAUUUGGCAAGAGUCUUAUUAAAUAUGAUACCAUACAGCUGUAAGGACAUGGCUUAGAGAGUAAGAGGAAGAUUUCAAUCAAAAUUUUAAGACUCAAAUUAUUUAAGAUGCAACAAAAAUGUCAUUGUUUUAAAAUACAUUGCUUAAAAGGUUUGCUGCAGGUAGAACUUUAAGGGGUUAAGAGAAUUAUGAUAUCUUUACUCAACUUGGAUUGCUAAUAAAGGCAAACAUCCUCCAUUUAAUUUUUGCAGAGGAAAUUUUAACUUUUUAAUUUGAAGAAAGAUGAAAUAUUCACUGGCGUUCAAAGCCAUAAGAAUGAAGACAAAUGUAGUCCAGGGAAACUACUAAUGCAGCCAAAUAGGACUUCUUCCUCUUAAAAACCUGCUGAGUAACUUCAAAAUUAUUUUGGGGUAUUAUUCUGGAUCGCAGCGUAGCCAAUACUGGCAUAUACACCAGCAGAACUGAAUUUCUGUUAAAAUUCCAGGAAUUGCACAAUUAGUGUUUCACUACAGCCUUAAGUAAUGAAAUAAAAUUUUAAACUGAUUAGAAAAGGGGAUUUUACUUCAAUGAAAAAAUACCUAUGAUUUUAACACAUCCUUCUACACAGGAAAACCUGGAAGAUUUAACAAAAGCAAUUGCACUGUAUCAGGUGCAUUUAUAGCUAUUUCACAUUACUAUCGAGGGAAACCCACAUUAUUUAAAAAGCUAGCUAAACAUAGAGAACAACUCAGAAUCCAGUCUUACUCUGGUAUCAGAGAUUAUUUAUUUUUCUUACAAGGUAAGUCUCAAUAUUGCUUGAAAUUUUUAGUGCACAGAAUUUGACUCAGAAAACAUCAACAAUAAUACUAUUUCCAAUGCCUCUGUUAAACUCACUGUGGGUUCCUGAAAAAUACUUUGUGGCUUUGCCCCACAGUACUAGCUUGAAGUUUUUGAGUAAUAUACCAGAAUUCAUAACACAAAGCUCCAGGAGAUUACAGCCAGUUCUCUGUCAGCCCUAAUUUUGUGAAUAUGGACAUGGUCAGUUAAUAUAGUAUAAAUCAGUUUCAGGAAAAGUUCAAGCUGGCCCUACUUAAAAGAAAUACAAGUUUAAAAAGAAAGCAAGGUCUUCACACAGCUCUGAUACAAGCUAAAGAAUAAGGCCACUUAAACUUGGUCCUUUUUUUUCCAUUCAAAAAAAGGAUGAUGGAAACAUUGUCAGUUAAGUUUGCAAGUCACACAUUGCAUAUCCCAAGACACACUGCUCUCUCUCUCUGACAUUCCACUGAAGAAGAGUUUGCCCCAGCUCAUGAGAAGUACUGUAGGUGGUGAAGGUGCACAGCUGUGUACCUGGAAACAACUCUCACUAGAAGGCAGACUGCUUUCUAACAGGCUCUUUGUGACAGGAAAUUUUUCUUGAUGUUAGAACUAAAAGAGGAAGCUCUUCCAUUACACACAUCCACUGCAUGACCAGCCACUGCAGCUGAACAGCCAUAGGGAGAAUCAACGGUUAAGCAGCGGUACAAAAGCUGCAAUAAAAAAUGAAAAAAUUAGCCACAGCACUGCUGUUUAAUGUGCCAGUCCCUUCCAUAAAGAAAACACUUUCAAGUUAAGUACAAAUUCUUCCAAGCUGCUUUUAAAUAUCACACAUAGUAUUUACAUAUUUAUCUUAGUUCAUCCCCUAAAGAUAGGGAAAAAAAAUCUAUUGUGCUUUUCAUAGCAUAUCUGUGUUAUACUAUCAUGUACACUUCCUUUGCUGAUUAUUCAGUUUUGAUGGGGGACCACAAAAUAAAUUUUUGGAUCACUUGGUAUUAGAAUAACCAAAUAGUUUUAAUAAAAAUUGACAAUGCCAUUAAAAAGGCAGAGGAUAAAAAAAAA